GUUUAUGUAGAUUUUUGCACCGGUCUGGUGUGAAGUGCGGAUUCGUUAGUUUUUUUUUUUUCUGAUGGCUCCGAAAUUUCGUUUUAGUGAUGGUGAAAAGGUUUUAUGUUUCCAUGGGCCCCUCUUAUAUGAAGCUAAGUGCAUGAAAUCUCAAGUGAAAGAUAAAAAUGUAAAAUAUUUCAUACAUUACAGUGGCUGGAAUAAAAGUUGGGAUGAAUGGGUACCUGAAAGUAGAGUUUUGAAGUACAAUGAUGCAAAUAUGCAGAAGCAAAAGGAAUUAGAAGCUGCACUUGGGUAAGUGUA